AUGGGGAAAAUGCAGCAUAUUGUUGCCUACAUAACCGGUGGUGCUAACGGUAUAGGAAAAGCUGUCGCCGAGAAAAUCCUGUGUCAAGGUGGUAAAGUGGUACUAGUCGACAUAUCCUGUAAUGGAAUUAAAGUUGCGGAGAAAAUGGGCGAAAAAGCUUUAUUUUCUUGUACUGACGUACGAGAAGAAAAGGAUAUAUUAGAAAGUAUGAAAUGCGUUAAAGAAAAAUUCGGCGGUAUAAACGUACUCGUGAAUUCGGCGGGAAUAGCUGCUAGCAAAAGUAUAUACAACUUCAAGAAGAAAAAGCCUCAUUCGGUCGACUUGUACAGGUGCCUGUUCGACACGAACGUGUGGGGCACGUUUAAUGUGACCCGUUUAUUGGUCGGAAUGAUGGCAGAAAACAAACCGGACGCGCAUCAGCAGAGGGGAGUCAUUAUCAAUAUGGCGAGUAAAAUGGCAUAUGAUACACCGCCGGAAUUUGUCGCUUACGGUGGUACAAAAGCCGCGGUUGCGGGCAUGACGGUGCCGCUUGCGAGAGGGCUUGCCCAAAAAGGAAUAAGAGUUGUUGGUGUAUGUCCUGGUUUCAUAGACACCCCCAUGACAUCCACACAGACACCGGAGCAGAAGAAACGCUACAUCAGCAUGAAACUAACUCCAAGACGUUAUGGAUGUCCUGAAGAAGUAGCUCAUCUGAUUCAAGCGUGUAUUGAAAAUCCGUUAAUCAAUGCUGAGAACAUCUGUAUCGAUAUGGGUUUCGCAUACAAUCAAACAGACGACGGACAGAAAGAUAAUUCAAAGUGUUCGUAA